AAGCGCUUAUUUGCUUUGUAUUCAGAAUAAACAUUUUAUUGGAUUUUUUAUGGAACCUUUGUCUACUGGACUGAACUUUUGUUUAUGUGCAUAACGUUACUCUGCAUAGGUUUGCUCCUUUGCCUUUGUUUUUACUUUAUCAAGAUUAAUCACGGGGACUGUCUUAGGAGCGUGGUUUCUAUUAAUUAUCGUUUUUUAUAAGCGAUUAACAGCUUGGACGUAUUAAAGACCUUCCAACAAAAACUGAGGUUCACGACAGAUUUAAAGUUCCAUAGCAACAAAACCACGCCAAAGCGCGUUAGAAUACUACACGUCACCCAAGCUAUAAAAGCAGACAGAAUUCUUCUUGCUCUUUACGUACGUCCCUACGUUCUUCCGUAUUAUGGAGCACGAGACAGUUGCAGCUUAGUACCUAUCACAAGCAUCUGUUUAUUUUCAGCCAAUGAGCGCUUUGAAUUUAUUAAAUGCAUUUAAAGGCGGAGCAUUUGAAUUUAAACAGAAGUAAAAGCAGUCCUUGGAUGGUCUCUUGAUUUGUGUGGCUUCGUCUUUAUCUUAGUAGGACAUAGUUGAAUAACAUGGACAAGAAUGUAAAAAGCAAUCAAGAGAAUAUACCGGGACCUUGCAAAAAGGUUUUAACUCCUGUUUUGGAAGGACCAAAACGUGUUCCUGUCUCUCAGCAUUACAAAACUUCAAGCCAAGCAGCAGAAGCUGGGACAAGUGUAAACCGUACGCUGUGUCCUUCAAAUGGCCCUCAGCGAAUUUUGCAGUCGCAGUCUUCUCAGAAACCCUUGCCUUUAGGCCAAAAACAACUUCAACCUGCACAAUUGCAAGCCAAAGCCCAGCAGUCUCGCUCAGUGACUCAGAACCAACCUCAACCCGUCUCAAAGCCUGCAGUACCAAAGCCAGUCAUUGAACCACAAUCUCAGAACACUAUGCUCGUACAUCCUCUGUUUUAA